AUGGAGCAGUUCCAAGGCUGUGAAAUGGACCUAAUGUCAGAGGUGCUGGACCCAAUCGCCAAAAUGCUACCUCUGAGCUGGGACUGUCGCCCAGACCUUGGGCACCAGCAGGCUCCUCCUCCCCAACGCCUGGGCCCUUAUCGGGAGCGCAUUUGGGCUGGUGGGGAGGGGGAAGUCUGAGGCCCCAAGCUCGGCAAGGUGGGUAGGAGAGAUAGGGAAGUGGGGAGGGGGCCAUGGGGCCCUGCUGGGAGGGCCCGAGGAUGGAAGGGAUGCCCAGAGCUGGUGCUGUCCUUGCCGGCCUGGCUCUUGACAUGGUUCCAGAGCUGCUCCUGCCUUCCUCCCUUGCCAGGCAAGCCGCCGGCACCUUUAAUUAGCAAGCAGCAGCCUCUCCCCGAUUCAUCACAGUCACUGUUUAAUUAG